AUGCCGCACUCUUACGGUAUCCGUGCCCGCACGCGGUACAUGUUUUCCCGCAGGUUCCGCGAAAAAGGGCAAAUUAGACUCUCGACCUUUCUAAAGACAUAUAAAGUAGGGGAUAUUGUUGAUAUCAAAGCUAAUGGUGCCGUGCAAAAAGGCAUGCCGCACAAAUUCUAUCAUGGUCGCACUGGAAUCAUUUACAAUGUGACCAAAUCCGCUGUUGGUAUAAUCAUUAACAAACGAGUUGGCAAUCGAUAUCUCGAGAAACGAAUUAAUGUCCGUAUCGAGCAUAUUAAACAUUCAAAGUGUCGAGAUGAUUUCUUACGCCGAGUUAAGGAGAAUGCUCGACUAAAGCGUGAGGCUAGAGAGAAAAAAGAAACAGUAAAUCUUAAACGACAACCAGUGUUGCCUCGACCGUCGCAUUUCGUGUCUACAAUGAAAAAUAUACCGCAAACUAUUACACCGAUUCCAUACGACACACUUAAAAUAAGUUUAGGAGAAAUGACUGACGAAUCUAAAGUUCCCGAGACUGGAGAUAUUACGAACCAAGAUGUGCCGCAACAACUCUCCUACUAUAACAAUACCACUGAAGUUUUUUCUAUUACGACUAACGAAGCAUCUAUAGACAAGAUUGUUUCCGUCCCUGUUGAGCAAACAAUGUCGUCUCCCUUUGUUAUUGAUGUUGAAGGCUCAGGAAAAACAGAGUUGAUACAGAUUCCUCCUUCUCCUAAAGAAAAUGAGACAUCUGUACAGCAACAGCAGCCUCCUUCUAUCACUAAACCAAACGAACAAACUGAUAUUGUAGCUAAAAUGGAUCAGGUAACCAUUGUUCAAGCUCAACUUGAGGCGGAUAACCUGGCUGUAAUUAAAAAUGAAGCGUUAGUUAAAAAUGAAGUGUUAGUUAAAACUGAAACGGUCAUUAAAAAUGAAUCUCUAGUUAAAAACGAAGCUGUAGUUAAAGUUGAAUCUGCAGAAUCCAUAGCACAAAGUGAAUCUGUGGCUAAAUUUCUUGAAAUUGCUAAAUCAGAAACUCUUGCUGAUAAUAAUACUAUUUCGAAUACGUCGGUACUUCCGCCCUCAACCGCGGCGGCGACUAACUUGCCUCUCGCUCCACCUCCGUCUUCCCUAACGCCCCCACCUACUAAUCCUCCUACAGAUCAGGUUCAAUUUCAUGAUGCGAUGGCAAAAGUUAAAGCAAUUGCUGCAAAAUUACAACAACAAGCAGCUGCAGCCGCUCAAAGCAACAUAGACCCAUCUACUAGUCCGAUUCAAAUCUCUCAUCAAGGUGUGAAAAGAUCGCACGAAGAUAGUUAUAUUUCAGUUUCACAUGGUGCAAGAGAUAACAACAGCCGUGAAGAUUAUCGAGAUGAAUAUCGUCGCGAUUCUUACCGUAGAUCGAAUGAAAGAGGUCGAUACGAAGAUUAUGGGAGAGACUCGAAGAGAACAGCCUAUGACAGUGGUUCUUCUCGUCCAGAAUAUGAUAGCGGUGGCAGACACCGUUAUGGACUUGGUAGUGAGGAACGUCGUGCGCACCAUGGCUCGCAUUAUGGUCCAGGUGGUGAUAUGUCGUCACGCUCAAACAACGUUCACGAAGAAUUCAAAGUUCCAAAUGCUGUCGUGGGUCUAGUGAUUGGACGUGGUGGGGAAAAUUUGAAAAGAAUAGAGAAAAAUACUGAUCAACCUCCGGAUGCAAUUGAAAGACGCGUGACAAUUACUGGAAACGCAGACGAUGUACAGAGUGCCAAAGGAAUGAUCCAACAGCUGGUAGAUGACGCUACUAGUGGAAAUACUCCUGGUCGUCGUGAUUCUUUUGGCCCUAACAGAACAACCAUUACUAUUCAUAUUCCAAGCAGUAAAGUGGGUGUUGUAAUUGGUCGUGGUGGUGAGACAAUACGCGAUUUACAAGAUAGAAGUGGUGCACGUAUUAAUGUCACACCCGAUAGUGCUGCGCUUCCGUCUGCAAGUGAUCGCCCUGUUACUCUUAUUGGUGAUGAUAAUGCUGUUCAAAGGGCUAAAGCUCUUAUUGAUGAGAUUGUUAAUACGGGAGAUCAACCUUCCGAUAGGGGAAAUCCGAAAGAUUAUCCUUCAGGUGGUUAUGCUAGUGGUGCCAAUGCAUAUGGUAAUGAUAGCCAUGGGUCAGGUAAUUAUGGUGGUGGCGGUGGUGGCCAUUAUGGCGGCCUUGGGAGUCAAUAUAAUGGACCUCCAGGAAAAUCUUCGCAUGAAACUAUCACUAUUCAGGUACCCAACGAUACGGUUGGACUCAUAAUUGGAAAAGGUGGCGAAACAGUAAGGCUAUUACAACAACAAUCCGGCGCAAAAAUACAGAUAGAACCGGUUAUUGGACCGCCACCUGUUGAGCGUAACGUGCACAUAAUUGGGACUUCUGAAAAUGUUGCUGUCGCGAAAUCUUUGAUUCUUGAAAAAGCUGCAUCUGGAAAUGUACAUGUCGUUUGCCAUAUCGCUUCUUUUGACUAUGGACAAAGUAGUGGAGGAGGAUAUCAACAAGGCGGUGGCUAUCAACAACAAAGCGGGUAUCAACAAAGUGGCUACCAACAAAGCAAUAGUAAUUAUGCGCAGAGUAGUGGAUAUCAGCAAAGUCCAUAUUCUACUAGUACGUACACCGCACAGCCUUCUCAGCAACCCAGUUAUAGUCAAAACACUUCCAUUGACUAUAGUCAAAUGAACAUACCGGCUCCUGUUGCAAGCGGAUACGCGCCUUCCUCAACAUCAUCUACAUAUGGUGCUACUAGUCAACAGCCACAAACUACCGCUUCUGGUUACUUACAGUAUGGUGCUUAUACUCAAACUCCAUCCACGACAACCUAUAAUCAAUAUCAAACUCAGCCACAAUAUACGGCGUAUCCACAACAGACUCAGUAUCCUCAACAGCAAACUCCACAAACGAUACCUACUAAUCAAGCCACAACAAUGACAUCUAAUCCGCAGAAUACCACUAUUCAACCACAAGCCACAGGUUAUUAUCAAACACAGCCGAUAACAAGUGACCCCAACAAACCCAUCGACGCUAAACUGGAUUCACAAACACCGACACCAUCUCAAUAUGGGUAUCAACAGUAUGCAUACAAUUACGGGACUACUACGGCUGCUACUACAUCAAUACCAUAUCCUACGAAUACCCCACAAACAAAUAUUUCAACUACUGCUGCUACGACAACCACGACGCCUACUUAUCCAACUACCUCGAGUCUAUAUACUGCCUCAACGAAUACAACUGCGCCUAUUUCUACGACAGCAGGAACCACAGAUCAAACAUCGCAAGCUGCAGCAUACGCUAAUUAUUAUACACAAUAUCCACAAGACCAAUAUAAUCAACAGAAUUACUAUCAACAAUAG